GCUAAUCAAACCAGUUAAAACUGAGUCUUAUACCAUGGGAAGAACACCUUGCUGUGAGAAAAAUGGGCUCAAAAAAGGUCCAUGGACGCCUGAAGAAGAUCAGAAACUGAUUGAUUACAUUCAGAAACACGGCUAUGGCAAUUGGAGAACACUGCCAAAGAAUGCUGGGCUUCAAAGGUGUGGAAAGAGCUGUCGUCUUCGAUGGACUAAUUACUUAAGGCCAGAUAUCAAAAGAGGCAGAUUCUCUUUCGAGGAGGAAGAGACAAUAAUUCAGCUCCACAGUGUGCUGGGAAAUAAGUGGUCUGUCAUAGCUGCUCGGUUGCCCGGAAGGACAGACAACGAGAUAAAGAACUACUGGAACACACACAUUCGGAAGAGACUCCUCCGAAUGGGGAUCGAUCCAGUGACGCAUAGUCCGCGGCUCGAUCUUCUCGACCUUUCCUCGAUCUUAAGUUCGUCUCGGAUGAACAUGUCGAGGUUAAUCGGAGCUCAAUCCCUUAUUAACCCUGAGAUUCUAAGGCUCGCCAGUUCUCUCAUGUCAUCUCAAAGCCAAAACCAAAACCAAAAUCCAGAUUUUGUUUAUCAAGAUAUUGAAGAAAAUCAAAUCCAAAACCAAUAUAAUCCGCCAUUGAUGCAAGUCCAAGGGAUCCCAGAAGCUUGCACCUCGUUGAAUAUACCUCCUUGUAGUAGCAUUCCAUUUGAUAACAACGAAGCACCGUUGAUGAUGAACCCUAACCUGAACCAAUUCCCACCAAACGCCGAUUUCAGUGAGUGGCAGCAAGGCAAUGCCAUGGUUCAAGAUUUGACUGAAGAUUACGUGCCGUUUCCGGCAAACUAUAACUGUUACGGCUCCGACCUGAGCUUCGGCUUUGCGUCGGUUCUAUCAACGCCUUCUUCCAGUCCGACGUACAUCAACAGUAGCAGCACCGAGGACGAAAGAGAAAGCUAUAGCAGUAACAAUAUUUACAAGUUCGAUCAAAUUCCGGAUAUUUUAGAUGUUAAUGAAUUCUUGUAAUUUAGCAAAAUGAACAAUCAAAACUCA